GGCACCACCUUCCAUGGUUAACACUGAGCAGCGCCAGCAUGCUGAGCAUAUAUUCUUAUCAUUUAGGAAAUCAAAAUCACCAUUUGCAGUUUGCAAGCAUAUUUUGGUUCUUCAUGCUUUGGAAGUAACAGUUGAAGAGAGGUGAGGAAAGUUUGUGAAAAUUGUGAUCGGUGAUUAGCUGCCACCUGCCUGAGGUGUCUUCUGAGAGGAACUAACCUCUUUGUGGUGCUAGAGCAAAGGUCACUGGAUAAAAAAGGAACAGAAACGAGUAAGGUAGACUACGUCCUCUUUCAAGCUGCCACAGCCGUCAUGGAGGCCGUUGUCCGCGAGUGGAUCCUCCUGGAGAGAGGGAGCGUCGAGUCACUGCGCACAUUCCUCUUAACCUACGUCUUACAGAGGCCUCACCUCCAAAAGUAUGUUCGGGAACAGAUUCUAUUAGCAGUAGCAGUAAUUGUAAAACGAGGAUCAUUAGAUAAAUCAAUUGACUGCAAAAGCAUUUUUCAUGAAGUCAGCCAGUUGAUAAGUAGUGGCAACCCCACUGUGCAAACUCUGGCCUGUUCUAUUCUAACUGCACUAUUGAGUGAAUUCUCAAGUUCAAGUAAAACUAGCAACAUUGGACUGAGUAUGGAGUUCCACGGCAACUGCAAAAGAGUUUUUCAGGAAGAAGACCUCCGUCAGAUCUUCCUGCUGACGGUGGAAGUCCUGCAGGAAUUCAGCAGGCGGGAGCACCUCAGCGCCCAGAUGUCAUCCGUGUUCCAGCGCUACCUGGCCCUCGCCAACCAAGUCCUGAGCUGGAACUUCCUUCCUCCAAACUUGGGAAGACAUUAUAUAGCCAUGUUUGAGUCCUCGCAAAAUGUGCUCCUGAAGCCCACGGAGUCCUGGCGGGAGGCCCUUCUGGACAGCAGGGUCAUGGAGCUUUUCUUUACCGUACAUCGAAAAAUCAGAGAAGAUUCCGACAUGGCACAAGACUCCCUGCAGUGCCUCGCCCAGCUAGCUUCUCUUCACGGACCCGUCUUCCCCGACGAAGGGUCCCAAGUGGAUUAUCUCGCACACUUCAUUGAGGGCUUACUGAACACCAUCAAUGGAAUUGAGAUAGAAGAUUCUGAAGCUGUGGGGAUCUCCAGCAUCAUCAGCAACCUGAUAACUGUGUUCCCUCGCAACGUCUUAACCGCCAUUCCAAGCGAGCUCUUCUCGUCCUUUGUGAGCUGCCUGACACACCUCACGUGCUCUUUCGGGCGCAGUGCUGCACUGGAGGAGGUGCUGGAUAAAGACGACAUGGUGUACAUGGAAGCAUACGACAGGCUGCUGGAGUCCUGGCUGACGCUGGUCCAAGACGACAAGCAUUUCCACAAAGGCUUUUUCACCCAACACGCAGUUCAAGUGUUCAAUUCCUAUAUUCAGUGCCACCUAGCAGCUCCCGAUGGCACAAGGAAUUUGACUGCCAACGGAGUGGCCUCUCGUGAGGAAGAAGAGAUAAGUGAACUGCAGGAGGAUGAUCGAGACCAGUUUUCAGAUCAACUAGCCAGUGUAGGAAUGCUAGGACGCAUUGCUGCAGAGCACUGUAUACCUCUCCUGACAAGUUUAUUAGAGGAAAGAGUAACGCGGCUCCACGGGCAGUUGCAGCGGCGGCAACAGCAGCUCCUCGCUUCACCUGCUUCAGGCUCUGCCGACAGCAAGGUGCUGGAUGAUCUGUACGAAGAUAUCCACUGGCUUAUUUUAGUUACAGGCUACCUCUUAGCUGAUGAUACUCAGGGAGAGACUCCGCUAAUACCUCCAGAAAUAAUGGAAUAUUCCAUUAAGCAUUCAUCUGAAGUUGACAUUAAUACAACACUUCAAAUUUUGGGAUCUCCAGGAGAAAAGGCUUCUUCCAUCCCAGGGUACAACAGAACAGAUUCUGUGAUUAGGCUGUUGUCUGCUGUUCUCAGAGUUUCAGAAGUUGAGUCUCGGGCAAUAAGGGCAGAUCUCACGCACCUGCUAAGCCCUCAGAUGGGCAAAGAUAUUGUUUGGUUUCUAAAACGCUGGGCAAAGACUUAUCUCCUGGUGGAUGAGAAACUGUACGAUCAGAUAAGCGUGCCAUUCAGUACAGCAUUUGGAGCAGACACAGAGGGCUCUCAGUGGAUUGUUGGCUACCUCUUGCAGAAGGUCCUCAGCAACCUCUCGGUGUGCAGCAGUGAGCAGGACCUCGCAAAUGACACAGUGCAGCUGCUCGUCACUUUGGUGGAGAGAAGGGAGAGGGCAAACCUGGUGAUCCAGUGUGAAAGCUGGUGGAACCUAGCCAAGCAGUUUGCGAGCCGAAGCCCACCUCUGAACUUCUUGUCCAGCCCCGUGCAGAGGACGCUGAUGAAGGCGCUUGUCCUGGGGGGCUUCGCUCACAUGGACGCAGAGACCAAGCAGCAGUACUGGACAGAGGUUCUUCAGCCUCUUCAGCAGCGAUUCUUAAGAGUGAUAAACCAGGAGAACUUUCCGCAGAUGUGCCAGCAGGAGGAGGUGAAGCAGGAGAUCACUGCCACGCUGGAGGCCCUGUGUGGCAUUGCUGAGGCUACCCAGGUUGACAAUGUAGCCAUCCUUUUCAACUUUUUAAUGGACUUCCUUACCAAUUGCAUUGGAUUGAUGGAAGUUUACAAAAAUACCCCCGAGACUGUCAAUCUCAUCAUAGAAGUUUUUGUUGAAGUUGCACAUAAGCAGAUAUGCUAUCUUGGAGAGUCCAAAGCCAUGAACCUGUACGAGGCGUGCCUCACCCUGCUGCGCGUGUACUCCAGGAACAACGUGGGGCGGCAGCGGGCCGACGCUCCCGCGGAGGAGGAGGAGCAGUACCAGGACCUGCUGCUCAUCAUGGAGCUCCUCACCAACCUCCUGUCCAAGGAGUUCAUAGACUUCAGCGACACAGGAGAACAUACCCACCUUCGUAGGUUUAUUGAUGUUACGGCUGUAAGACUGCGUUGUUCUCACUUUAUAGAUGAAGUGUUUAGGGGUCAGGAGCCUGGGCCAGCAGCAAACAGAUCUGUGUCGGCAGCCGAUGUUGUGUUAUAUGGAGUGAACCUGAUUCUGCCCUUGAUGUCACAGGACCUCUUGAAGUUUCCAACCCUUUGUAAUCAAUACUACAAAUUAAUCACAUUUAUCUGUGAGAUUUUUCCUGAAAAAAUACCACAGCUUCCUGAAGAUCUUUUUAAAAGUCUGAUGUACUCGUUGGAACUAGGAAUGACGUCAAUGAGUUCGGAGGUUUGCCAGCUGUGCCUGGAAGCUUUGACCCCGUUAGCUGAACAGUGUGCAAAAGCACAGGAGACAGACUCGCCACUUUUCCUGGCGACACGGCACUUCCUCAAGCUGGUGUUUGAUAUGCUGGUUUUGCAAAAGCACAACACAGAAAUGACCACCGCGGCUGGCGAGGCGUUCUACACGCUGGUGUGCUUGCAUCAGGCGGAAUAUUCUGAACUGGUUGAAACAUUACUGUCAAGCCAGCAAGACCCAGUUAUUUACCAGAGAUUAGCAGACGCCUUCAACAAGCUCACUGCAAGCAGCACGCCCCCUGUGCUGGACCGGAAGCAGAAGAUGGCCUUCCUGAAGAGUUUAGAAGAGUUUAUGGCAAAUGUUGGUGGUCUCCUUUGUGUAAAAUAAACAACAGAGCUUUAUGCUUAAUCAGAUCCUUCCUGCAAAGUGCACUGAAUUGCUAACAGUUGACUUGAGUCUUGUCCUUUUUGUCAGUUCGUUGGCCGUUUGGAUUUUGGGAGCCUGGCAGGGCACUGUGUGGUGCAGGGAAGCAUUACCCUCAGUCCGUCGUAGGUCUUGUAGCUUUUGAAUGGUGAUUUCAGAUUCUCAAAAUGAAAUUCCACAUAUGUGCAAAGAGAUAUGGGCACCAUGAAAUACGUAUUCAGUGCCUUUUCCCUCUUUAUCAAAGCAUUAGGUGGCUACCCAAAGUUUAGCGUUUUCACUAUCAGAUAUCAGCUGGAUAUCUGCUCAUCUGUGUCACUGAGGAGCUGGUUGAAAAGACAGAUUCCUGGGCCCACCUGUAGACAGACCCUCAGAGUCAGCAUUUGUUUGUUGGACCUUGGAUUCUUGGUUUUGAUAAGCGCCUCUCCUCUGCCACCCCUGCAGUUUUCAGUCAGUGCAGAAGGCCGGAAAGCGUCUAGAGGGGUGUGCUUGCCCAGCCCUCCCUUUGAGGAGGGGGAGGGGACUGGGCAGGGGGAAGGGCACCGCCAGGUGUUUGGCUUCCUGUUACCACGCUCUCCCUGUCUGUCUUGUGUCACAGCAGCCUGGUAAUUGCAGGUUUUGUGAACCUACUCUGAUGCCUGAACUUGAGGAGGAAAAUACAUGUAUAUUUUUGUUCCAUAAGAAGAACUUUAGGAACUGUAGCUAUUUCAUUGCCUUAAUUUUAAGAAGGAAUUACACAAAGCAGAUUUGUUUAGUAAGAAAUCCAGUCUUGCUGCUUCAGAGUCGGGUUAGGGUGUUAGCUGCUGUGAACGUGGGGCCCUCUUGAUUGUGUGUAUUUAUGUGGUUUUAUGGGUGAAGUGAAAGGCUCAUUCAGAUGUAGUGUAACUUUCUGAGUAUGUUUCUGUCCAGCCACGUAGCCCAUGGCUAAUAAUUUGCUCUGAAUGGCUUGCUUAAGCAAUAACUAUUUUAAAGGGUGUGAAUUACUGAUUCAUAUAGACUCUCACACAUUGGGACAUUAGGGCAGUAAUUAUUCUAGAGUGGGUGUUAUACUCAUUUCACAGGAGCCGUGUAAAUUUAAGAGAUUAAAAAACUCACUUUAGAUCCUGUAGUUUGAUUUUUCUAAUCAGGAUUUUUGUACUGCUGCCAUGCUCCCCUUAACUCUGUGUGCCAGCUUAAAUUAUGGAAACGAAAGCUAACUUACAAACACCGGGCACGUGACACUGCCCACUUCAGUGUCAGAAUCACACAGCACAGUAACAGGCGCGUUCUGAAACUGCGCCUCCGACGGGCGGGCUUUCUCGUCCCGUCCUUAACAUCGUGUGCUCGGCUGACCUCCGAAUGUGGUGGUAACAGCUGGACUGCACAGAGUGGAUGCGCCUCCCCAUGCACGGCUGCACAGCGGUGAGGGCAGCUCCGUGCUCUUGGCAGUUGCAGUUAAGCAGACGGAGCAUCUGAAUUCCACCCAGCCUGGGCAGGCGCCGCUGGACGCAGAUGAAAGCAAAGCCUAGAGCCACGGCUUUCUGAGAACAUAACCGAGGUGGAGCAAAAAGUCUUAAAAGACGUCUAGGGCAAAACUAGUAUCACUCUUUCUGAAGCGUACGUAUUAUUGUGUUCUUAAACAUACUUUGGACAGUGCAUUUACUUUUAGAUUUCUUCUUCUUUCCCUUAAAGAACUUGAAGUCAGAGGCAGCGGUAGUCACUUUGUUUGCAUUGUUUCUGGUGUUUCAUGUUUCCCAGCUCCCUAGCGCCCAGCAGUUGUGAGCUAAAUAUGUCCCUGUUCCUUUGCCUAAGGGCACCAAGACACGCAGCCGACUGGAUUGGUCCACUGACUGUGACAAAACUGUAAUCAAGUUGUUAUUGAAAAUAAAGAUGAGUAGGAAAGGAAUGCCAUGGUAAACAAAAAGGGCAUCUGUAUCUAAUAUCUUUUAUCUAGACAGAUGUAUUUGCUGUUUGCCCAGAUUUUAUUACAGUCCUGCAUUUUCAUUAGACCGCUUUUAAUUGAAACAAGAGUUUCUUCAGAUUGGACCAAAUAAUACAUAAGAUAUCAUCAGAAUGUUGGUUAGUGGCAAACUGGAAGGAAACGCCACCACCGUUUUUAGGUAGUGGGAAAGGCCACUUAAUUGCAACAGCCAGGCUCUUUUCAGUUGUUCGCAGUUUGUUUUCCUGAUUGGAUAUUUGUUUAGUUUGGGGCUUUUAUUUUGUCAAGUUUUGUCUUCAGCUAUGUUUGUUGGCUUUUCAGUUUUGGGGCGUUUUGUUUUAAUGCUUUUGGCCCAGUGGGUGUCAAGAAUACUGGCUUAAUUCUAGUAAAUUGAUUUUUACUGCUAAAACUGUUGUCAAAGGAGUUUUAAAAACAAAAGCAUUAUUUGUGCCCCUUUUUAUAUAUGUUAAAGGGACACUGUUGAGUAUUUGAUUUUUUAUAAUGCUGUGUUUUAUAAACUUUCUCUUAUUCGUACACAGUAUCCCAUCACCUCCGUUUUCGGUUCAGUCUUUGCUUUUGUCUUCCUUGGCCCUUUCAUUUCUGAGGGCACAGUCUCUGCAGACUUCGUGCCUUCACAGUCUGUAGUUGUGUGGCAGCACCUGUGACUAAUUCUUGUAGCUCUGUUUGAAGGAUUGGUUUGCAUUUGUGGUCCUGGAUGGGUGGCUGCCUGGGGGGUAGGCCACCUGAGACAGUAUCUGACAGUGUCCUUGCUGUCUCUUCAUCUGUUGGGAGACAGUGGCAUGUAACCAUCACUGCAGUGAGUUUUCAACAGUGUGACCUUUUAUGUAAAAAAGCUUUGGAAUUUUUUUCAAACUGGUUUUAAGAAUUUAGUCUUACUUCGUUGUAAACCGUGUUUCUAAUUAUAUUACAUCACUGUUCAGAGGAGAUGGUUAGUACUGUUUUUUCACAGUUUGCAUUUCAAAACCAAACACCUCUGUGAUGCUUACCCCAGUCAGCAUUAUUUAACUUCCCUUACUGUCUUUGAACUUUCUCUUCUACCAAAAAAUGUCAAGUCUUCGUAUUUUUCCUAUCACCAUAUUUCCCAUUUCUGUUAAUACUUGUAUGAACCCCUCAAGUAUUGAAGGGAACAAGUUGUCAGUUUCAAGGAUUUCAAGUUUGAGUAUCUUAACUUACCGUGUCAGUUGGACCCUUAAAAUACUAUUUUUGUCUGUUACAAUUUUACUUCUUUCUGUUUGCCACCUCUGUCAUUAGAGGUGUUGUCAUUAGACCUUAGUAAGUUCGCUGUCUCUGACAGAUGAUUAUCAUUGUUAGCUCCUGAAUAAAAUAUUAACUGUUUCGAAACCUCAGUACUUCUUAGGGGUUUUUCAAAACCAGAGAAUAAGGCACUGAUUUGGAUAUGAGUUCUUAACAUUAUAAUUUUCUGUAAAUUUCUCUAUAAAACAACAUAGCUGAUUUGAGGAUGUAAUAAUGUUUUAAAUUAUUUUAAAAUGUAGGUGGAUAUUCUCUGACUUGGUAACUAUAUUCUGAAAACACUGCAUCUAAGAAUUCUUGAAAAAUUGAUUUUCUAAAAUUUUAAAAUGUCCAGCUUUAGGUAUAUUGCUGAGCUCAAAUUAAUUUGCAGUGAGUGCCAUGGUUCACGUUGAACUUUAAACGAUUUAAUUUAGAUGUAAGAAAUGUGAAGUAUUCCUGAUUGAUUAUAAUGGGAACCCAUGACAUAUUUAGCCAAAGACUGUAUUUGGUUCAGGUAAAGAUAAAAGCUUAAUAAUGGGCAUCCAUUCUGUUCUAAAGAGGAUGGAUGAGGGGAUGUGUUUCUGGCCCCUAGCUCUGUACACGUAAGCCUUUGUAAAGGCGGAAACGUGGUGGCGGGGAGGCCCGUGUGUUAGCCCCCCGAGGCUCACACUGCAAACUAUCUUUGUCCCCCUCGUCCUCUGUGGUUUGCUCUUCGCCUGGUCCCAGACUUCCCAGCAGUGGAGAGAUUUUGUUUUUGGCUUUUCUUCUAAGUCUGUUUUCUUAGGCCUCUCAGCUCUUAGGAGCUGUCAGAAUGUACUAACAGCUAAUUUUCCUAGCCUGACAUUCAGCACUGCAUCUGCACUAUGUACCUAACGGGGAUGUGACCUCAAGUGUGUCCUGAGCCCGGGCUACCUGGUGUGGUGUCUUUUACCACAUACAAUUAUUGACAGAUUGCAAAGGUUGGUAUUGUGAUUUGGUUCUCUGUACAAAGGAAAAGGCUCCAUGCAGUGAGUUUCUGGUUUAAUGGUCACAAAAUGUUAGCACUGCUACCAUUCAGCACGUGUAAAAUUUUUUAAAUUUAUAAAUAUUAAAAUUUUAAACUUAUACUGACUUUUCAGUUUUUUUAAGAGACCCAGGGAUGAGUAUACUGUUUAAAUAUUUACCUCUAUUAACAUUAUUAAUAAAGGUAUAAAGUUGCAUUUAAUUUUUCAAAAGAUGCUACAAUACGAUUUUAGGAAAUAAGGCCAUGUACUGAGCCAGUUACAAGCUGAAUAUAAAAUUUUAUUUGUAUUUUUUAAUCCAUAAAUGGGAGUUAAAAUAUGUCUUUUCACUAAAUAUUUUUAUGACAUUUUUGUUUUGACCAUGUGUGAUUUGUUCAUGGGUGUCUAGCCUGACUGUUGCAUGAAACUUAUUGAAUGGCGCUACAGUUCAUUUACCAGCCUAGGGUGACUGGCACUGGGGACAUUACACAAUCAGAAUAAUUUUAAAUAAAAAACAGGAGGACACAUCUGCACAGGUAAAAUAGGGAUUUGCAUUACCUUCUGGGAGAACACCCAACCCUAAUAGAAUCUCCAGAAUUCAGAAAGAAAAUCGAAGUUUCGUUUAUACUCUGUAAUAUUGAGCAUAUUUAUUUUUAUCUCAGCUCACAAUCUUAGAAACAAUUUCAGAGUUACUAGUUAAAUCAUUGGAUUCAGGGCAUAUUUGUAGUGAAUGUAGUUUGGGUCAUUCUUUUUGGCCUUUCAGGGAAAGUGGAAAAGUACCAUUCUUCUGUGUGUCAGACAGACUUUCCUUUUUACCUAAUUCUAAAUCUUGUAAACAUAUGCAGUGAAAAGUUAUUUUUUUUAAGGAAGAAAAUGCGUUUUGAAAAUAUAUUUAUUUUAAACUUUA